AUGUAUACUCCACUUAUAUCUUAUUUGAGGGGAUCGUCAGCGAAUAAGGUGCGACAUUUCCCUGUUGAGGAUGUUCCACCAGUUCUUCUAUGCCAAGAUACCCAUCAGAUCUCCCGGACCGGAAUCAGCCAUCUCGUUUGUCAGACUUUGGUGGAUCACGAAUUUCAGCACACUCCAACCUUAUACACCCAUUUUGAGACCGAAAUAUUUUCUUGUUUGAUGAUGGAGUUCUACCCAGGAGGUGAUUUACACACACUUAGGCAGAGGCAACCUGGGAAACAUUUUUCUGAGCAAGUUGUAAAGUUCUGUGUAGCAGAGGUUCUUCUUGCUUUUAAAUGCUUUCACAUGCUCGGGUUUGUUUAUAGUGACCUAGAACCAGAGACUGCCCUUGUAAGGGAAGAUGGGCACAUUAUGCUUUUUGAUUUUGACCUCUCUCUUCGGCACGCUGUCAGCUCGACACUGGUCAAGUCCCCUUCUUUAGGCUCCAAAUCCAACACCAUGGCUGGACAGCCACGCAAAUCUGAGUCUGAUUCUCAUCGUCGGAGGCAGCGCCGGAGCACCCAAUCCCUGCUAGUUAUGAUGAUCAGUGGGCAGCGCUUCAGUGGGACGCAUCCCAUGCAAACAGAAAUGGUCCGAAACCAUGGCUAA